CUCCUGAGGAUAAUUUGAGACAAGCUAGGCAGAUGUGGCUAGGCCUUCAUAAAUGUCAACUUGAUCAGGUAUAUGUAGAAUUUGAUGGGCAAGACUGGGAAAAACGUGAUUGGGUUAAAGUUCAUGAAGAGACUAACCUGGUAUUUCUAGUGGAGAAAACAAUUGUUUGGUGCAAACGUAGUGAUCCGUACUCAACCAGGGGUGCCAGUAUACUUUGGCCUGCAUUGAAUUUUGAGGUAAUUGAAGAUAAACUUGGUCUUGAGUCAUCAGGCCUGAAUCCUAUAGAAUUUUUCCACGAUCGAACCCGUGCGUUUCCAACUGCUCUCCAGAUACAUCCGUUUGAGGAUGAACAUAAUAAGAAAAUACACAGUACUUUCCAGAGAUAUACAGAAGUAAAAAAUGAGGUCGACCAAUGGAUACAUGACCAGAAAGUACAGCAAAUUCUCAUUACUGCGCCAUACAUUGUAACUGGCUAUCGGGUCAAAGUCUACCGGAUAGGAUCGGCCACACAGUGGUUCUCGGCCGUUAUCACAGGCCAUAAUCUCGAGACGCGGGAGCUGAUUGUUAUGGAUGAUACUGUCCUUGAAAGUCAUACAGAAAAUCCAGCUCUUGUGCAGAUGAUGUUCUUAGAUUUAGAUGAUGUUGUUGUCAAGUCUUUGUUGAAAGGAGAAAACGUUGGAAUCACACCUAGGAGACGACUUACAGCUACCAGUAAUACACAAGCAAUCAAUACGACCACUCUAAUAAGGUCAGUACCCAGGAGUCAUAGUCCGAGUCAUGCAAAUUCUAAUCAGAAUUCUACGUCAUCCGCUAAAAAGAAAAGAGGACAAAAGCAAUUGGAUGAGAAGGACAUGGAGAAGGAGAAACAACCUGAAAAAUUGACCAAAGAAACUAAAGUAUCAACAAACGCUAAAACUAAGAAAGAACAAAGGAAAAAGAAAGCGGAAGAAGAAAAAUUGAUUGAAUCUGUGAACAAAAAGGAGGCCGCAUCAGUAAAGCACCCUCGUUCACAUUCCACUAGUUCUGAAGUUCAGGAGGAGGAUAAAAGGACUGAUAAACAAACUGUUAUUAAACAAGAAAAACUAUCUGAAAAGUCCAAAUCCAGGAAUAAAAGUUCAAAAAAGACUGAGGAACUUCAGACAAACACUGAAGAGUUUGAAAUAGACUCAAAUCUUGCUCUCUUAAAAAAGGAGAAGGAAAAACCAAAAGAAAAGAAAUCAAAAAGCAAGCAUAAAAUAAAAGCAAAAGAAAGGACUGGAGAUAGAAUUAAACCAGCAAAAACGGAGAAAGAGGAGAAAAAGUAUAUUACAGUGGAAGAUAACCUUGUGGAUAAUACUAUACCUCAGGAUACACAAAAGACCUUGGACACUGCUCAAGUUGAAUCAGUUGUCGCUAUUGAGCCUCAAAAAAUUGAGCGUGUGGAAAACCCUCUCGCAGAGACUUUCGAUGUCCCUGAACUGAAAGCGAAAGAAACAGAACCCACACCUGAGAUUUUACCGAAAGUGUCCAGUUGUGAGGACAUUUCUAGUGUGUGCGCGACCUCUAGCAUGGUUCAUUCUACCUCGACGACAGAAAUCAAUGAAUCCACAUCACCCUGGAUUGGCCAGGUAAAACAGAGGGAACAUAAUAAAUCAGGGCGUGCUGAACUAGGGUACAUGAGUACGGGCAUUGAACACAUUAAGAAACCUUCAAACGAAGUGUUGCAAAAUUUGAACGUUGUGGCUAUGAAUCCAUCCACGCGUCUAUCUCCAGAUACUAGGACUGAUCAAACAUCAGCCGUGAGUAUGGAAAAAAUGGAUGGGAAUAAGCCAAAGGAAAGGGAUAAGCCUAUAGAGAAAAGAACUCAGCAGGAGAUUGAAAGGGAUGAUGCGCGUGAUUUAAGACGCGAACCACCACGGACACAGUCUACAGAAAGUAAUCGUAGUUCGCUUGCAACUGAGGUUAAAGAGCCUGUGCAUGUGUAUCGCGAUCCAAAUUUGAUGGAAAAUUACGUUAUUCAUGUUGAUUCUGUUCAACACCAGCAUAUUCAUAGAGGGGAACACACACCUUCUCCAUCUCGGUCAUUGGGACCAUCCCCGCAUACUAGCCUUCGCCCUCAACCGGGUAGUAUUGGAACGACUCCAAGUGCCUUUGCGCCUCAGCCUGUUGCUCACCAUCCGGCGGCGCAUCAUCACACUAACCAUCCUGUCGCCGCUGCACAUCAUUUGUAUGCUCAAUACGGACUGUACCCACAUUUACCUGGUAUUCCUCCACACUAUUCUCCACAUCUUUCAGCUCUUGAUCCAUCUUUUCACACUCGGUUACUCACAGAUCUUGCCGCCCAGAAAGACCAGUUCCGAUUUCACCCUGGGCAACUGUCUGUACUACAGCGCCCGAUGAUGGGUGUGCAACCAGGUUUAGCUAUGCUUCUACCGCAGCAUCGUGCGCUUCAGGAGUCUAUGGAACAUCAGUUGCGAUUGCAGCAGCAACAUCAACAACAGCAGCAGCAACAAAUUCAACAUCAACAACAGCAACAGCAACACUUGCAACAUUCAAAUCCGCCCUCGCACGAACCAUUGAAACGCUAUCAAGAAUUCCAAACAAAUACAAGUGACCCAAAGGCAGCAGUUCAGCAGCACUUCCAGGAGUCACUAAGGAACUUAUCUUUGCCAUUUAAUAUAGCACAGAGCAGUAAGAGUGGCGGAAGUAUUACGAGGGGAACUCCAGCACAAAGGAUGGACGCCAGUCCAGCACGCAACCCAAGUGAACAUCCAAGUAAGGAUGACAAAAGAGUACAGGAGGAAAUGAAGAGGAAGGAGCUAGAGGAAAAAGAAAGAGAAUGGCAAAAACUACAACGGGAGAAAGAACACCGUGAACGAGCACAGAGUGAACGUGAAGGGUAUGCAGGUCUUCUCACACAAUCUGAAACUCAGCAUAUGAGACAGUACAUGUCACAAGAUGGACACAAGCCUGGGGAGGGUCACUUCCACCCACAACGGCCAUCAAGUUCCUCAUCUGAACCGAAGGGCUUCCAGGUAUACCAGCCCCAUCUCAAGUCUGAGCCUAGCCAUCAGCCCUCUGGCUACUACCCAAGUGGCCAGAGGUCAGAGGAGUUCCAACAGGUAGUGUACCCUAAGCUUGGGCACCUCAACUUGUCACAUAAACAGGAGAACUCGGAAUUCAUGAAAGGAUAUCAGCCAUUCGGACACACGUUAUUGACUGCGCCACAAAAUCCUGAUAUAGACCAUAGACUCUCUGUGACAGAUAGCCGAUUUGAAAGUGGAUUCCGCCACACAGAUGCUUACUCAAAGCUUGCUUCUGCCAAAGGAGGCAAGGAUAUCGGUGGACCACCUCCACUGAUCCGUAGCGAUCGUGAUUCAAGAGCCAAAGAAUCCCACCCGAGCAUUCCAUUCGGACUGGAGCGACCGGGAGAGCGAAAACACAAUCUGGAGGCUUACAGUCGCUAUCAUCAUGAAAAUCAGUAUCAUUACCAGCAGUAUGGUGGUCAUGUAAGGGGGUCUGAUGGGAAGGGGGAUUCUACAAGGCAUCAACAGAGUGCACCACAAGGUAAGGGUGUUCCUGUCAUUUGCAAAACCCCUUCCUCUCACUUGUCAAGUGAAUCGCCAUCUCCCCACCACCAGCAAACACUAAUGGUUAAAACGUCCUCUAGUCAGCCACAGUCACCCCUUAAAGUUGCAUCACCGCAGCAGCUAUCAGCAGCUGUCUUUAAGCCAAUGGACUUGUCGCAGGCAAAGACUGUCACAACAUCUACCACCUCCCAAUCUGCCGCGACUCAGGGACAUGCUUCCUUACUCAUGUCUGCGCUCCGGCCAAAUGAAAGGGGUGAACUUGUUGGAAAACGAAAGACACCAAUGGAGGAGUUUGCAGGGCAUAAAAAAGCUAGAGGAAAAGAUGGUCAAGCAUCCCCACCUCUAGGACCACUCGGACAUCCAGACAGACGGCCUUCAGCACACCCGCAUCAUUCCUACUUAAAUCAGUACAACUGGUUUGUACAAGAUCACAGGAAUAAUCUUGUCACAGGUGGUCGAGCAGCUGAACUUUUAGCCAAAGAUUUGAGAACUGGCCGGAAAGAGGAUGUUGAACUUAAAAUUGAGAAAGUGGACCAAUUUGAAAAUGCAACUAACUUAAAUGCCUCAUCACUCGCUGCAAAUAUAUCCGGAAAAUCUGACCACCCAAAAAUAAAUGGUGCUAUCUCAGACAGUGACAGUACCAGUACUCGUUCCACUUCACCGUCUGAAAAGUCUAAGCGGUGUGAUCCGCAUACAUCACCAAGUAAAUCAGCAGGCCAUGUAAGUCUGAAGAAAGCCUGGCUCCACCGCCAUACCUACACAAAAGACAGUUUAAGUGAGCCGUCUGACCCCAAAUUAAUGCGGUUCUCAGACGGUAGUUCAGAUUCACCCGGCCCAACAUCCUUGCAUAAUGGCCAUGUGGCACCAACAGAACUUGAUAAAAAAUUGGAUGUUGAUAUCAAAACAUCCUGUACCAGAUUAACAGACAUUCCAGAUGCCAUUCCUGACCGUGUGUACGAUUUUGAAACGUCUUCCACAUGCUCAGAUGGCUCAACCGUAUCCAACAGUACAAAGAAGAAGUCGCGCAAGAGUAAAGAGUCCAAAAAACCGAAACGCAAAGGCGGAAGCGAGAAGGAGACACUAUCCAAAGAUCAAAACACUCAAGAUGAUCAGAAAGAUACCGCUAAGGACGUCAAGGAGAACGGUAUUCUUCAACGUGAUCCAGCCACCAUGGCCCCUAAGAAAUUCAUCCAGACACGAGCGCGCAAAGAGAGAUCCAAAUCUGAUGGUAAGAUUACAGCCUUGAAUAUAACACGUGCAUUAGUAAAACCGCCAAUUGCAAAACUAAAGAAGAGUGGGGAGGCAUUCUUACAAGACGGUUCGUGUUGUGAUGUCACGCCAAACCUGAUAAAGUGCCGUGAAUGCCGGAUGAAGCCAAGUAGUCGCCAUUCCAAGCUAAAUAUAUUCUGUCGCUUUUACGCCUUCCGAAGGCUGAAGUAUAGUCGUAAUAGCAACUUAAUGAUAGCUGGCUUCUCGGAGCCAUGUCACUGUGAACAAGAGGAUCUCGAUCCUUGGUUACCGUACACCGACCCAGACUGCCCUCUAGAUGUUAACACAUCUAAGUACAUUCUCUCAAAAGUCGGUGACCAAUUUUGUGACUUAGUUCAGCAGGAGAGGGAAGCCAAAGCAAUUAGUAUAGAGAAGGGAAAAAUUGCAUGGAAACGUGCCGUUACGGGUGUACGAGAAAUGUGUGAUACGUGUGACACAACCCUCUUUAAUAUCCAUUGGACGUGCCCAAAGUGUGGAUUUGUCGUCUGCUUGGAUUGUUAUAAGUCGAGAAAGAACCGCUGUGAGGAAGGAGAUCACGAUGAGAAGUCACCUCAGCGAUGGCUGAAGUGCAUUAAGGACCAGGAACAUCUUAUUGAGAACCUCAUGCUCACCCAGAUCAUCCCUAAAGAUGCAUUAUGGGAUGUGGGAGAGUUGGUACACAAGAUGAGGAUAAAAUGGAAUGUGAAUCCUAACUGUAAAUGCAUGAAGAACGGCAAAGUUGCAAUCAACGGUGCAUCGCAGAAUUUAUUAGCUGAGACGGUGCUGACCGGACCUAAACUGAAACCAAAGGACAACAAAAAAGAUGUUACAGCAGUAAAGAAUUCCAAUGCAUCAUCAUUACAAAUUCUUGCUGAUAUUGCAACAUCAGCACAAACAGACAAUCAAGCGGGUGAUGCCAGCUCAAUAGAAAACCAGUCACUUCAGGAUACCAAAACAAGUACCACUACGACGGACAAACUCUCUUGUAGGGAUACGCCGAGUACGUUACGAGAACUGUUAACAAAGACUGCCGAUAAAUUGGCCAAACCGGCAGCAACAGUGUCUAGUGGUUCACUUUUGUCUGCUUACUUUUUGAAAGGAGAAAACAAUAGUGGGAAACGUAUGGUGACUGGGACAUUUGAGGAUAUAAUUGCGUCCGUAGUGGAACAAAAUAUCGCUUCACCCACCUUGAAUAAGCAAGAACGAAAUACAGUUAAUCAAACUAAGCAGAGCAGGAAUGCUAACAUUCAGACCAUGGAGCCAACUGCCAUGUUUAUUAACCCGAACUUAAACCCGGAAGAUGGGCAGGUUCGCCAUACGCUAGUCGAAUCUAGCAUGACAUUUCCAGAUGUACCUCAUUCUUGGCUGUGUGACGGCCGAUUAUUACGUCUUCUUGAUCCCCGACACAAAGGAAAUCUUAAAAUAUUCCAGGAGCAGUGGCGACGGGGAGAGCCCAUCUUGGUUAGUGGUUGUCACAAGGUCUUGAGCCGGAAACUCUGGCACCCAUCCACCUUUAGUCGGAUGUUUGGUGACCAGGAGAACGAUCUGGUAAACUGUCGAUCGUCUGCGGUCAUUCAAGGUGUACCGAUGAAGGAAUUCUGGGAUGGCUUUGAAGACAUUCGAAAACGAUUGGUAAAGCAACGAGAUCCCAUGGUGUUGAAGUUAAAGGACUGGCCUCCAGCGGAAGAUUUUAGCGAACUUCUACCAGAUCAUUUCAGCGAUCUUAUGCAAGGGCUCCCUCUACCAGAAUACACACAUAGAAAUGGACAUCUGAAUCUGUCCUCAAGACUACCUGAAUUUUUUGUCAAGCCUGAUUUAGGGCCCAAGAUGUACAAUGCAUAUGGUUCAGCCAAGUUCCCCAAAAUAGGAACCACCAACUUGCACCUUGAUAUAUCUGAUGCUGUCAACGUGAUGGUAUAUGUUGGCAUACCUGUGAAUGAAAAUAAAGGAAAGCUGAGUCAUGUGGACUUUGAAAAAGAUGCAUUUGAUGCUAUCGAUCAAUCUACUUGCGAUGAACUGACAAAGAAACGUGUACGGGAUAAGACAGAACGGCCCGGUGCACUAUGGCAUAUAUUCCGGGCCGUGGAUGCAGAUAAAAUCCGUGACAUGCUGCGCAAAGUGUCUAAGGAACAGGGUGAGGAAUUCCCAUCGGACCAUGACCCAAUUCAUGACCAGUCAUUCUACCUUGACAAGAAACUGCUGGACAGGCUAAAGAAAGACUACGGAGUGCAAGGCUGGGCCAUCGUACAAUGUAUGGGAGAUGCAGUGUUCAUACCAGCUGGGGCUCCUCAUCAGGUACACAACCUGCACUCCUGUAUAAAGACUGCUGAAGAUUUUGUAUCCCCAGAGCACGUCCACCAAUGCUUUAAACUAACACAGGAGUUCCGUUACUUGAGCUCAACGCACAGCAACCAUGAGGACAAACUGCAGGUCAAGAAUAUUAUAUACCAUGCUAUCAAAGACACAGUAGGAAUUCUAAUGGCCAAUGAACCGCCUUCAAAAUGAAACCAUCACUGUUGAUCAAGUUAACACUGGUAGGCUAAGUCCAGUUGAAUCCGGACUAAUCCAGAACUGUCAGUGAAACCAGUUUUAACUUGAUUGAACUAGUUCUUGUAAGCAAGCUGAGCUCAGCGGACAAAUUACAGGAUUAUAAGCAGUGCUUUUGGUUUUGAAUUUUUGACAGAAAGUAUAAAUUGCGCGAUCAGUAACGUGCAAUGCAUUUUUAAAGUAGAUUGGACAAAAUGAAAAUUCAUGAACAUUAAAUCUACUGGAAAUACAGUUGCUGUAAUGGUGUUUGCCGUUUUUAAAAUACUUGAAUAUGAUAUAAAAUGACUCCAGCAGUAAUCUGAUGUUAUGAACUUGUGAAUCAAGAGAGAACAUUACAGAUUUUGACUGCGAAGGAUUAUAACAAAAUGUGUGCAGACAAACUAUAUAUAUUUUUUCUUUAAUAAAAGUGCUAAAAAAUGGAGUUUAUUUGCACAGGAUAGUUCAAUUUUCUUCAUUCAAAACAAGGUUUUCACAGCGAUGGUUGGAUACAAAUACUUCCACUGCUGAUGAUGUCUUUGCCACUACAAUUUCAUAUUGCAUUUAUCCCCUGUCUGUUCUAAGGUGCAUGUCUUUUGCAAAAGCAAUCUGUGAAUUUGUUAUCUUUUCAAGACAAUCCUUAUUUGUUAAGGUGUUCAAAGAGAGUCAACUUUUAAAAACACAUCUAAUUCAUCUAAUUCAAUAAUCUCUUAAUUUUAGUAUUCAUGAGUAGCUAGUUCACACUGUUGACUAGCUAUCUGACCUGUUGACCAGCUUUCUCAUCUGUUAACUGGUUGGCUAGCUUAUCUGUCACCUAGCUACAGUAGUCCAUCUGUUAAGGGCGUUAUUGAUUUACUCCCAAUUUUAAGUGUCAUAUAUAUAGUGCUGUUGAGAGGAGGGCAUAGAGGUUAAUAUAUGGACUAAAAUGGGACUACACAGUAUCCUAAAAUUAAAUCAUCUGUUUUUAUCUCCUAACCCAAGACUACAAGGGGGUGAAUUAUCAUAAGCAAGAGUGUAUGCCCAUGUAGGUAGUAUGGGUACCGUCCUCCAAUCCAACGUCAAAUCCAUACAGGAUUGACAACACAGUUAUUAUUUGGUGGUAAUUAAUCAACUCAUAUUUGGUUGAUCAUUCUUUACAAACAAGAAAAUACAGUAGUGUAUAUUUUUCCCUAAUUAAAUACAUCCCUUUUCUUUGUUGACUUUGACCAUGGAAACAAAUGUUUUCCAUAUUUAGAACAAGUAAUCAGUAUUUUUUGUUAAUUUCUUGCAGAAUCAUGGAAUAUUGUUAUUAUAUCGUUUUAUAUGUGAAGUAAGAUUAACUAGAGAAACAAAAAAAAACACCAAAAAGAUCUUAUAUAAGAUUUUUUUCAGAGAAAUUUCUAAUUUUUCAAUCAAUUCUCACCCUUUUCAGGAAGAUAAGGAAAUAUUUUGCCUUGUUUGUGUGGCCCAUUCAUAAGAUGUAAAUAGUGUAUAAAAUACUUGGUUUCACUCUAUAGAAUAUUAAAUGUUUGGUUUUUUUUAUCGAAAUGCAGUAGAUAAAUUUCAGUUAGUGCCAAUGUAAUUUUUUUUGUAGAAUUUGAUAAAAUGAUUGUAAUUUAAAAAAAGUAUUUGUCUAGAUUGUGAUUUAAUUUCUGCUUGUGAAUAGCUAUCGAGUGUUCGUCGACAGAUGUAUGCUUAAGAUUGUUCUCAAAUCAGCUGGUUACACAGUCGGCAUUUAUGAUUUGAUGAAUAUUCAUAUUAUAUAUAUGCAUAUUCAUUAACUUUGUGACAUAUGUAUUGUGAUCUGUACAGAACUCAUAAGAUAAUGUUAUUUUUAUAUGAACGCCAGACGCCUAGUCAAACUAGGAUGUUAAGUGUUUGAACACUGUAGCUCAGUGUCAAAGGCUUGAACGUUGCAUAAAUACAGUCCUGUUUUAUCACAUGUAAAUUCUGUCUACAUUCAGUUAUUGCUAUUUCAAAAAAAAAUUGUUGAAAAAUAUAACAAAGAAUUUGAAAUUAUAUUUGUUGUUGAGAUUU